AUGAUGUUUGAAGAAAAGCCUGAGGGCAAUGGGAGCCUUGUAGACGAGAACCAGCUGUACCUAGGUGCGAGGCAUCAGGCAAACAGGAAACCAGGAGCAAGCGGGAAAGCCAGGCUCUCUGCAAGGCAGGAGGUAAAUGCGAAGUGCGACUUGCCCAGAAAAAGCCUCAACAUGUACACCUGGCAGGAGAUCCAGAGACACAAUCAGGAGACUGACCAGUGGCUGGUGAUCAAUCGCAAGGUCUACGAUGUUACUGGCUGGGCGGACAGGCACCCCGGUGGCCGCAAGGUCCUCAGCCACUAUGCUGGGGAAGACGCCACGGACGUCUUCAGAGCCAUGCAUCCGGACACUGACAUUGUGCGGUUACACCUUAAACCCCUGCUCAUCGGAGAGCUUGCUCCAGAAGAGCCCAAUCAGGAGAGAAACAAAAAUUCCCAGUUGGUGGACGAUUUCCAAGAACUACGGAGGACAUUAGAGACCAUGAAUUUGUUCAAUGCCAACCUGGGGUUCUUCGUCCUUCACCUCGCCCAGGUCUUGAUUUUGGAAGCCCUGGCUUGGGUAAUAGUGUGGCAUUUUGGCAGUGGCUGGCUUGUCACAAUAUUCAUUUCUUUUCUUCUCACGGUUGCUCAGGUAAGUAGUGCAUUUCUGCAACAUGACAUGGGACACCUAUCCAUAUUUAAGAAGUCCAAGUGGAAUCACCUGUUGCAAAAAUUUGUGAUGGGUCAUCUCAAGGGCCUAUCUGUAAAAUGGUGGAAUAACCAGCACUUCCAACACCAUGUCAAAACAAACAUCUACCCCAAAGACCCAGAUAUUAAUCUAAACCCAUUUUUCGUUGUUGGAGACUUACAACCUGUCAAGUAUGGGAAGAACAAAAUCAAAUUCAUCAACUACGAGAAGCAGCACCUGUACUUCUGCAUGGUUGGGGUCCACCUUUUCACAUCAGUAGCUUUCAACCUGAAAUCCAUGAAAGAGAUGUACCAGAGAAGGUACUGGGAGCACUUCUUUCUGCAGGACAUCGCCUGGGUCAGCAGCUCUUACAUUCGCUAUUUCAUCAUAUUUGUUCCUUUCUAUGGACUCUUUGGAACCUUGGGGCUCAUGUGCUUAGUCAACUUUCUUGAAAGUCCCUGGAUUACAUAUGUUACCCAGAUGAGCCACAUACCAAUGAAAAUGAGCAAAGAGGAGAACCAGGACUGGUUCAGCACUCAGGUCUUGGCCACCUGUAAUGUUGAACAGUCCUUUUUCAAUGACUGGUUCACUGGGCACUUGAACUUCCAAAUUGAGCACCAUCUGUUUCCCACAAUGCCACGCCAUAAUUAUCACAAGGUGGCACCUCUGGUGAAGUCACUGUGUGCCAAGCAUGGACUGCCAUAUGUGAACAAGCCCAUGUUGAAGGCAUUUGGAGAUAUUGCCAGGGCCCUGAAGAAGUCCGGAGCCCUCUGGAAGGAGGCUUACUGCACGCAUCCACAAACAUAAUGCAGAUGUGCAGGUGCUAA